AUGUCGAAAUCCCGCCGUAAUGUCAGGUUUCAACGCCGGAAUAAUGGUGAACGCCGCCUUAGUGUAUCCUCCGACGUCAGCGAUGUCUCGGAGCCCGCGAGCCCCAGCAAAAAUGUCAACGGGUCCAAGCCCGCAACAAUAGUCGAAGAGAAGAACCCCCAGUCCGAAUAUGAGAAGAAGAAGCAGACCUUCAUUACCCGGACGAUAUGGACCUUCGUAAUGAUUGCCGGUUUCUUCGUCGCGUUGUUCUCCGGUCAUAUUUAUAUCAUCGCUCUCAUUACUGGAAUUCAAAUCAUCUCUUUUAAGGAGGUCAUUGCUAUCGCCAACAUCCCCAACAAGGAGAAGAACUUACGGUUUACCAAAUCGUUGAAUUGGUACUUUUUAGCGUCAACCAUGUACUUCCUAUACGGAGAGAGUGUGAUCUACUACUUCAAACACAUCUUGCUGGUUGAUAAGGUGCUGCUUCCGCUCGCGAACCACCACCGAUUCAUCAGUUUCACUCUUUACGUCAUGGGCUUCGUGUUCUUUGUCGGAUCAUUGCAGAAGGGUCACUACCGAUUCCAGUUCACCCAGUUUGCUUGGACCCAUAUGGCCUUGUACCUGAUCAUUGUUCAGGCUCACUUUGUGAUGAACAACAUCUUCGAGGGCAUGAUAUGGUUCUUCCUCCCCGCUGCACUGGUUAUCACCAACGAUAUCUUUGCCUACAUCUGUGGAAUCUCUUUCGGACGCACGCAGUUGAUUCAGCUCUCCCCAAAGAAGACCGUCGAGGGUUUCGUUGGCGCAUGGGUCUGCACUGUUGGCUUCGGUUACUUCAUGACCAGCUUCCUCAUGCGCUACAAGUACUUCAUCUGCCCUGUCAAUGAUCUGGGCGCCAAUGCCCUGACUGGACUAGAAUGUGUUCCGAACGCGGUCUUCACAGCCCAGCCUUACUCUCUUGAGCUGUUCGGUCUGGACAAGACCUUCUAUGUGGAACCCAUCCAGUUCCACAUCUUGGCUUUCGCCACUUUCGCCUCGCUGAUUGCUCCAUUCGGCGGUUUCUUUGCAUCCGGCCUCAAGCGCACCUUCAAGAUUAAGGACUUCGGCGAGUCGAUCCCCGGUCACGGCGGUAUCACCGAUCGCAUGGACUGCCAGUUCAUCAUGGGCUUUUUCUCCUACAUGUACUACCACAGCUUCAUUGCUGUCUACAAGGCCAGCGUGGGCGAUAUUAUCGAAACUGCUAUCAACGGUCUUACCGUUGACGAGCAGCUCGAGGUCGUCCGCGGCCUGGGCAAGUACCUUUACAAUCAGGGUGCUGUCUCAGAAUCGAUCCUGGAGUGUCUCGUCACCGAGCUCAAGCGCCGAUGA